AUGGCUGAGACAGAAUACCACCACAAUGACUCUGGGCCUGGCGAUCAGUUCUUGGCCGCUGGGCCCCAGAACAAUAACUCAGGCUCUGGAACACAGUACAACGCGCACAGUAUCAGCUUCAACACUGCUCAAGAUAGUGGCGCAAGUCUGUUCGCCGACCUACGCAUUACCGAUCCUCGCGACGAUAAAGAUCGCAUCGAGCACACCAGGGGCGGAUUGCUCCGCGACUCAUAUACUUGGAUCCUAGAGAAUCCCGACUUCCAAGAUUGGCGUAAUGGCUCCGAGAAACGACUACUCUGGGUGAGAGGUGACCCCGGCAAGGGCAAGACGAUGUUCCUAUGCGGCAUCAUCAAUGAGCUGGCGGAUGAUGGAGCAGAGCCCGUUUACUUCUUCUGCCAAGCAACCGACUCGCGGCUGAAUACUGCCACCGCCGUGCUUCGUGGCCUGAUUUACGUGCUGCUGGAAAAAAGACCCUCUCUGAUCCAAUUUGUGAGAGAAAACCACAUAUACGGAGGGAAGCGAUUCUCCGAAGAUGCCAAUAGCUGGACUGCCUUGGGCAAAAUCUUGGCUAAGAUGCUAUCCCAAGAAGAUUAA